AUGGAAGAGUGGGGCUUCUGCGCGGGAGAUGAGGUGGAGCUGAGGGGCCUUUCCAAGCUGGAGCUCAAUGGCCAACGGGGCACAGUGCUUCCCUUGGAGUUCCCAGAGCAGGCUCAACAGCUCGGCCGUCUGGCGGUGAUGCUACACUCGGGCAAGCAGCUGUCGCUGAAGGUGGGGAAUCUCCACAAGGUCAAGGCUGAGAUCAAAGCUGGGGGAGACCUUGGCGCUGAUUGGUCGGCCUCCCUGCACCCAGGGUCCUCGCGGCCCCUGCGCGCGGUCCUGGCGCCGGGUAGGGAGCUGGUGGUCAUGACCCUGAACUUGCAGUACCUGGCCAGCUUUCCUCAGGAUCCGACUCUUGCGAGGCGUCGGCUUGUCGAGAUCACGUCGGCAGCGCCUCGCCCUGAUGUGAUCUGCGUGCAGGAAGGCUUAGAGGGUAUCGACCUCUUCGGCCAAGUCGGGUACAGCAAGUUGAUCUCAUCCGCCGUGAAGGCCUAA